UUGUGUUGUUCAGCUCUGUUGAAUUUGCUAGUACAUUCUGAAUGUACAGCAUAGAGAAAUAGGAAGUGAGCUCCUGUGGAGUGAUCGAAAGUGAAAGAAAACUUACUGGAGGCGGUUCCAUCCCCACCUUUCUUCCUACAGUUUUCAAAGAAUUUUUCUCUGAUUGUGUGAACAAGCCUGAGGACUGGGAGCACAUGAAAUUAGGCAGUUUAGGGGCUUUGGCAUGAGAGACUUGGUGACUGUGAUGUUGCUGGGACAGGGUGGAGCAGGCUACAACGAUUCAGCUAACCCUGAACAAGCAUGGAUUUCACCAGUUGUCUGUAUGAAAUUGGGGAAGAUCUGAGCAGUGGUGAGGUGGCCUCCCUCAAGUUUCUGAGCCUGGACUACAUACCACAAAGGAAGCAGGAAUACAUCAGGGAUGCCUUAACACUAUUCCAAAGACUCCAGGAUAAGAGAAUGUUGGAGGAAAGCAACUUGUUCUUCCUGAAGGAGCUGCUAUUCCAAAUUAAUAGAAUGGAUCUGUUGGAUAAGCACCUGAACACUAGCAGAGAAGAGAUGAAGCAGGAACUUCAGAUACCAGGCAGGGCUCAGCUCUCUGCAUACAGGGUAAUGCUUUUCCAGAUUUCAGAAGAUGUUACUGAAUUGGAAUUGAAGUCCUUUAAGUUUUUUUUGAGCCAGGAGAUCUCCAGAUGUAAACUGGAUGACAACAUGAACUUGCUCGAUAUUUUCGUAGAGAUGGAGAAGAGGACCAUCCUUGGGGAAAGAAAUUUGGACACCCUAAAAAGAAUCUGUGACCAAGUUAACAAGAGUCUGCUGAAGAAAAUCAGUGAUUAUGAAGAAUUAAGCAAAGAGGAGCCGCCACUUGGGAUGCUGUCGCUGUCGGACUAUCCAAGAGAACAGGACUAUGAGCCCCGAGAACCGGACUAUGAGCCCCGAGAACAGGACUGUGAGCCCCGAGAACAGGACAGUGAGUCACAGCAGACAUCGGACAAAGUUUACCGAAUGAAAAGCAAGCCUCGCGGGUACUGUGUGAUCUUUAACAAUUAUGAUUUUAGUGAAGCACGGAAGAAUGUGCCCAAACUUCGCAACAUUAGGGAUAGGAAUGGAACAGACUUGGAUGCAGAUGCUUUGUGCACCACCUUUAGUAAGCUUCAUUUUGAGAUAGUGCCUUACAAAGACUCUACAGCAAAGGAAAUCUGUGAAGUUCUGAAAAAAUACCAAAGCAUUGACCACAACGACAAAGACUGCUUCAUCUGCUGCAUCCUUUCCCAUGGAGACAAGGGCAUCAUCUAUGGCUCUGAUGGGCAGGAAGCCCCCAUCUAUGAGCUGACCUCUUACUUCACCGGUUUAAAGUGCCCUUCUCUUGUAGGCAAGCCCAAAAUUUUUUUUAUCCAGGCUUGUCAAGGGGAUAACUACCAGAAGGGUAUAGCUGUUGAGACUGACUCGGAAGAGAAGGAAGCCUAUUUAGAAAUGGACUCAUCAUAUCAGAAAAAAUAUAUCCCAGAUGAGGCUGACUUUCUGCUGGGGAUGGCCACUGUGAACAACUGUGUUUCCUACCGAAACCCUUUGGAGGGGACCUGGUAUAUCCAGUCACUGUGCCAGAGCCUGAAAGAAAGGUGUCCUAGGGGUGACGAUAUUCUCACCAUCCUUACUGAGGUCAACUUUGAAGUGAGCAAUAAGGAUGACAAGAAAAAUAUGGGGAAGCAGAUGCCCCAACCUACUUUCACUCUGAGGAAAAAGCUCUUCUUCCCUCUUAUUUGAUGUAUAAAAAACACUAUGUUUAAUUUUUUACAUUGAAACUUUACUUUAGUGUUUCAUUUACUUGCAUAACACUAUGCUUAAUUUAAUAAGAUGCUGCUAUUCUUCCCCCCCCCACCCAGUUUUGUUGUUUUUGUUGGGGUGGUGGUGGUGGUGGUUUUGUUUUUGAUGUCAGAAAGGAGAGAGAAUGAAAGUCAAUAUAACUUAAUUUUUUAUCAAAUUCAAGCCUAAAAUCUCUGGCUUUGUAACAAUAGCUAGAUACUUAUAGCCAUUAUUUUAAUUGUAUUUUUUAAUUUGAUAAAAAAGUUUUUAAAACCUAUAGUAUAUACAAAAGUAUAGUUAAGUUUAAAUAAAAGGUGAGACCAUAAUGGUUCGAAAAGUGGCAGAAUGUAUUUCACACAUAAUGCAUCUGUUUUCAAC